UCUAUCUUGUUUGUGGUGGUCGUUUAUCUCGACGUUUACGUCAAAGAUUGUCCAAUUAUUAAAACUGUUUAAUUUGUGCUUAGCUGUUGAUGUAGUUUUUUUGUGAAGCCUUUGUUAGAUUAAUACUAUCUUGACGUACGAAAUAUCACUGAACAUAGCAGUGUUCACUGAGAGCAGAAUAACAAUUAUUAUCAUUUCAUAGUAAUCCUAUCCACGAUGUCGGUUUCAUCUAAUUUUGGACUUUCAAUAAGUAUUAGUGCUAUAUUCAUUACAUGUUUUAUAUUAUCAGCUGAUAUAUGUGUUCAAGCAAACGAAAAUGAUGCUGAAAGUAUUACAAAAAUUGGACAAGGCGUGGGACACAUCAUGAAUAUUUACUAUUGUUACUCUUGUGGAUAUAGAAAAGUUUUUGAGGACUAUGCUGGAAUUAUACAACAAAAAUAUCCGGGCAUCUCUGUGAUAGGAGCAAAUUAUGAUCCACCAGGUCUUAACAUGUACAUGUCUAGAAUGAUUGGCCUUGGCAAGAUGAUUCUUAUCAUGUGUAUAUUGAGCGGAGUGAACAUAUUUGCAUGGUUGAACAAACCACAACCUUCAUGGUGGACAUGGUGCUUGGAAAAUAAACUGUAUGCAUGCAUGAUGAUGUUCUUCUUGGCAAAUAUGAUAGAGGGGCAGCUUGUGUCUUCUGGAGCUUUUGAAAUAUCACUAAACAAUAUACCUCUUUGGUCUAAAUUGGAAACUGGCAGAAUUCCCCAACCACCAGAGUUAUUCCAAAUAAUUGAUAAUACACUACAAUUUUCUAAAGUUGAAAUGCCUAAUAAUAAUUUCAUACAAUAAUAAGUUUAUUGUAUUCAAAGCUGAUAUAGAGGAAGGGUUGUGGUUUUAUUUUGGUGGAAAUAUUAGAAAAAAUUACUGUGUAUAAUGAGAUGGAUAGUGUAGUUAUUAUGCUAGAUGUUAAGUAAUUACUCUGUUAUUUAAUGAAAUAAAAGGAUCAUUGGGGUCAGCAAAGUAUCAUGACCACUUGUCAAAAAAAGUACAUAUGUAGCUGUAAUGUGGCCACUCAUCAGUGUUUUUAUAGCAUUGAUGCCACUUCAGUUAUUAUAGACAUUACAUAAGUGACUAAUCAUACAAGUACACAGCUAUGUAUUUCAUUAUUGAACAAAAUCUUAGCUAAUAAACAAUGUAUCUAAAACUGAACAAUACUGAUCUACUUCAGGUUUGAAAUGCCAACUUUGUGUUAUGUGUAUUGUGAUAAGCUCUUUCAAGGUGUAAGAGUCCCUAUAGGCAUGGUGGCUUGUGAGGAGUCAAUAAUUUAGAUCAGUUGCUUCAUCAGUUGCUCCUACAAUCCAUUAGUGCUGACCCUUAGAUUGUUCUGAGAAAAAAAUUUUGAAUUUAUGUUUCUUAUUGUAUUAUUUUUGUAUGUACACUACUGCAUUUAUUACUUUACCAGUAACAUGCAUGUUCACAGAUUUUGUAGUAUAUAAUUUGUCUAGUCACAGUAUAUUUCAAAAUUCAGACAAUAGUGUGGAAUUGUAAUUAAAUUUUUCAAAACCACUUAAAUAAAAGUUUAGUAUAAU